AUGGGACUUGUUUCACAAAAAUGGCCCCUUCCGAGUAAUCCACAGCUGCACGAGCCUAUUCCACAAGAUUUAGUAAAAGCGUGGGAAGGUCAACUGAACAACCCAUCAACAUCUGAUUGUAAAUUCAAUGUUCAAGGGAAAAUAAUUUAUGCGAAUUCUGCAAUAUUGUCCGCUAGAUCCAAGUACUUUGAACUUAUUUUCAAAGGAAAAUGGUCGGAGUCAGAUUCAAUGAAACAAGAGGAUCAUCAGACAGAUGUCGAGGAAAAUAGAAAUUCAUCACAAAAAUUUAAUCACGUAAUUGAAGUUACCGACUUUCAUUAUCAAACUUUUCUGGAGAUGCUCCGCUUUCUUUAUACGAAUAAGGUCACGUUUGUGGAGGAUGAUGAUGAGCAGAACUCCAAACUCACUCCUUUGGAUCUUUUCCAAGUUGCUGAUAAAUACUUGGUUGAUGAUUUGCGCCAACAUGCAAAAUUGGAGAUACUCAAAAAUCUUAAUGUUGAUGAUGCAGCCGAAUUCCUUUUUAGUACAGCGUGGAAGUAUCCUGAAUUGAAAGAGGAGGUGAUGAAAUAUACAGUUCUUAAUUUCAUUGCAAUAAGGCAAACGCCUGCAUUUAAAAAUAUUUUAGCCAAUCCUUCGAAUUAUCCAUCAUACAACGAAUUACUGAAUGAGUUACUGGCAGAAUUGUUUCCUGCGACCGAAAAUACAUGGAUAUUAUGGUAG